AUGGCUAACCAUCCGCAGGGAACACAACGCGCUGUCAAGUGGUAUCCGCCCGCUUAUGACAUCCGAGUGGAGACUAUCCCCAUUCCAGAGAUCAUUGAGCCUGAUGAUGCGCUCGUGAAGAUCAAGUUGGCCGGACUGUGUGGAAGCGAUCUCCACAUAUAUAGGGGUCAUGAGGACGUCGACGCCGAGCUAAUCUGUGGACAUGAGCUCGUUGGCGAGAUUGUCGCUCUCGGGUCGAGCUUCUACCCGGGAGCCACAGGAAGGCCGGAACUAUACUCGACUCUGCAGAUAGGCGACAAGGUCGUGUCUCCGUUUACGGUCUCGUGCGGUGAAUGCCACUUCUGUAGGGUAGGCUUCACUUGCCGCUGCAUUCAUUCUGCGCUCCUCGGCACCCCUCUUCUCCCAGGCGGGCAAGCACAAUACGCGCGGAUUCCCAAAGCCGGAGGGACGCUGUUCAGCCUCACUGCACUAGCCAGGUCAAACGCGCGCGUCCUCGACAUCGCCGAUAGCUCAUUACUCCUGCUCGCGGACAUUCUGCCCACGGGCGUGUUUGUCGCCUUGCAGGCGCUACAGCAUCCCAAGUUGUCACCGAUGCUUACGGGCUCUGCUUAUCCGUCGAGUUCAUUCGUACCAUGCGACGGGCUGGUUCUCUCAGGCACUGGGGUAAUGAAGCCUCUGGAAACGGCAGACCGGACGUUGACGAUUGCCAUCGUGGGUCUUGGACCGGUUGGAGUGUGUGCCGCUGUCAGCUUGCUUCAUAUGAUGGAGAACAUACGGACCACGAAAGGCCUUGACUGCCGAAUUGUGGCAAUCGACCCCAACGAGGCCAGGAGAAAGAAGAUGGAGGCGGUGUAUGCGAAGAUCAACAGCCAUGACAAGCAAUCCUGCGCGUUCGUAGUGGCGGCGAUAGACGAGGCUCAGGAUCUUGCCAAGUUGUGGACAGGAGGCGCGGGAUGCAAUGCCGUCCUAGAAGUUGUUGGGAACAACAGCGCACUCGACCUGGCGUACAGUCUCGUCCGCCCGUUCGGUAUCAUUAGCUCAGUCGGCGUUCAUCAAGAGCCUCCAAUCCCUUUCACUGGCCGAGACGUGUACAACAAGAACGUAUCGCUCGAUUUCGGGCGUUGCCCAGUCCGCGCCAUGUUUCCGCUUGCCUUGGAAAUACUGGUGAAGCGGCAGGAUGUUUUCGGAGGCAUUGGAGACGACGCAAGCCUCAUUGAGAACACCGUGUCUUUUGAUCAAGCUGCUCAGAGUUACGAGCUGUUCGACAAGGGCAAGUGCGGCAAGAUUCUGUUCGAUCCUUGGAUGUAG